AUGGGUAAUAUUGUUUCAUCUAACAGUAACAAUUCAAAUAUAGAAUAACCAAAUAGAAAGAAACCAAGAAUAUUUGGAGAGAAAGAAAAUAAUGAACCAAGAAGCUUAAUAAAAUUUAAAUAAGAAGAUUAAUCUGAUGCUGAAUCAGAAAUAGUUCCAAUUUAAAUUCCAGAGAUCUCAAAAGAAAUGACUCCAUAAAAAUAAGAAGAUAUAUAUAAAGUUAUUGUUCCAUCUCCAAGAAGUGAUUUAGGAUCAGAAAUUGAAUAAUUAUGGAAUAAAGCAGUCUAAGAAUAAUCAUGUUAAUUAGCAAAAAAGAUUAUUACAACUUAUUUAGAAGAUGGAACUAUGUAUAAUGGAGAAUGGUUCAAAGGUACUAUGCAUGGUAAUGGAAAUUUGAGUAGAGAAGGACUUCUUUUAUAUGAGGGAGAAUGGAAACUUGGAAAAAAGAAUGGAAAUGGUGUUGAAUAUUAUACAAGAAGAACAUAUGAUAAAAUUAUACCAGCAUGUUAAAUAUCAGAUAAAUAAUAUUGGAAAGUUUAUAAUGGCACAUUUGAAAAUGAUAAAAUUCAUGGAGAAGGAAUUUUAGAAUUAAUUAAUGGUUCUUGUGUUUUUGGAGAAUUUGCAAAUGGAUAGUUACAUGGAUAAUUAACUUAUGAAUGCAUUAUAAGUAAAUAAAUAGUUAAGGGAAUUUGGAAUUAAGGAUAGUAUUUUAAAUUAUGAUUAAAAUAUAUAUUAAAACUCUCUACAGAUUCUCAUCUUAAACUAAAUGUCUUUACAAAACAUUGAAUGUUUCAACUGAUGCAUCAUAAGAAGAUAUAAAAGCUUCUUUUUUUGAAUUAGCAAAAAAGUAUCAUCCAGAUUCAAAUCCAGAGACUUCAAUUGAUCCAGAAAAAUUCAGAGAAAUCUAAUAUGCUUAUUAAACAUUAUCUAAUCCAGAAAAAAGGAAAUAUUAUGAUUAAGAAAAUGGUAUCUAUAAUCAUCAUCAUAAUAAGGAAUUAUUGGUUAAUCAUUUUAAGGAAAUCCAACAUUUGGAGAAUAAGAAGAUGUUUAUUAAAAAUGGGCAAGAGUCAAUAGAGAACAUAUUAGAUAAAAUGAAGGUUUGAAACAAAAAUCUAACUAUUUUAGCUGAAUAUUCAGAUUACUUUGAAAAAUAAUAUUUUAGAAAUCCUGACUAUUUCAAAAGAAAAGUAGAUGAAGACAGUCCUUGGAAUAUAUCUUAUGAUUUAUACAAAAAGCAUUAUGAUAUCAAAAAAGAAAAGUCUGAAUAUGUUUUGCAUGUUCCUACAGAAACUACAUCAUAUUGGGAAAAAAAAGCAGAUAUGAAAGAGUAACAAUAUUUAAUAUGUAAAUAGGAGAACUCUAGAAUAAAAAGCAGAAGAUUUAAAAAAUGGUAAAUCAUUAUAUAUUGGUUUGUUUAUAACAAUGAUUAUUGGAGGAAUCUAUUAUAUUUAUCAAGAUUAAAAUCAAAAUAAACAAAGAGUUUCUUCAGCUGGAAAAGUAAAAGAAGGUUCAGGAUAUAAAGUUAAAUCCCUUCCUUUAAAUAUUGUUUGA